UUGUGUGUAUAAUUUUAGCAGAGCUCACGUAAGUCUGAUGUUUCCAGCGAGCAUCUAUUUAGCACCACCGAGGUGGCCCGAGAAGAGCCAAGCAUUGAUUUGGAAUCCCCAUCUCCAGAAGCUGAGGGAUAUCUCUUGUCCCCCCCUACUUCCCUGCCUGCCACUCUUGCUCAGACCGUUGCAGAUCUGAAGAUCAUGACAACUGCUAACCACAAUCCUGGUGACAACGUGGUGUCAGAAGUGACAGCCAACCACACAGGCCUAUGGGAGCUGGAUGCUGAGAAAGCCAAGGACAAUCUGGACAGACAGAGCACAACUCUGCCUCAAAGGACGAUGGAAGAGGACUCUUGGGAGCAGGCAGGAGCUACUGAGGCUGCCAUCUUGGUGACCCAGGAUGGAGUUUGGUCUCUGGAAGAGACAUCUGUAAGGAUGGAGACAGAGGGAGAGGUAGAACAGAGCUCCCUUCAUCUUGAUCCAGAGUCCCAUCUACACUCACUAGAGAAUGCACCACGUCAGGUAACAGAGACCCCAGAAAAGAUGGAGACAGAUGGAGACCUAUUCAGUGUGCCUUCCGGUCUUGAGCUGGAGACGGAGCCGAAUUCUGCAGAGCUUGUGUCGUCAACACCAACGGCAUCCACAGAACUGCUGGGGCCUCUGAAGAAAAGGCCCAAGGAGCGAAAAAGGGAGAAAGAAAUCAGUCGGGAAAAUGCCGGCGGCCUUUCUGACCCCGAGGACAGAAGCAGCGGCAGAGUCCGAAGGACAGCAGAGACCCGGAGCCUUGAGGUGCGUUCUCCUGGUGCGCUUGGAAUUAGGGGAGCCCUGUUGGAACACCAUGCCAGUUAUGGGGCUUAUCCUGGGCCUCACGGAGCAAGGAGAAUUAAGAAGCAAAGGUCAGACAUGGUGGAUCCUGAUUCCCUGCCGGUUCAAGGUCAAAAGGGAGAAAAGGGGGCACCUGGAAGCCAAGGCAGCAAAGGAGAACAGGGGGAACCAGGAGAGCCAGGAGAGCCAGGGGAGAAGGGUGUUUCAUGGCAUCAAGAGGACUAG